UGUACAUAGCUACCUACCUAGGCUAUCGAAACAAAGACAGAGAGAAGAUCGGAAGUUUUCAGGGUACUGGGCAAUGGGGCGGAGGAAGAUAGAGAUCCGUCGCAUCGAGAGCAGGCAGGCGCGGCAGGUGUGCUUCUCCAAGCGCCGCCCGGGCCUCUUCAAAAAAGCAGGCGAGCUGGCUGUCCUGUGCGGCGCCGAGGUGGCCGCCGUCGCCUUCUCCCCCGGCGGGAAUGUCUUCUCCUUCGGCGACCCCUCCGUCGACUCCGUGCUCGGCCGCUUCCGCCCCUCCAACAACUCUCAGGAGGCGCAGGCCGCGGCGGCGGUGGGUGGCGGCGUCCGCGACCGGAACCAGGCACCGCCGGAGCUCAACCAGGAGCUCGGCCAGGUGCACGCGCUGCUGGACGUGGAGAAGGCGCAGAGGGAGGCGGCGGACAAGGCGUUGGCGGAGGCGCGCGCCGAAGGGUUGCAGCUGGCGGCGUGGCUCGAGACCGACGUCAACAAACUGGGGGAGGAGGACUUGGUGGCCUUCGUCGCCGAUCUGGCCAAGCUGGGCGCCGCCGACGCCGUGGCGGCGCGCGCCGACCCGGUGCCCCUGGACACGCUGCAUGGCGGUGGCGGUGGACCCUCGUGCCGGCCCUGGUGGCAUCGUGUCCACCCCGCCGCACUGCGGCUCGCGCCGGUCGUCGGUGUCGUGCUCGUUCACGGGAUGGCCGAACACCAGAUCGCCCAGCACGACACAUCAGCGCUCGCCUUGAGAGGAUUUUGUGGCGACGACGCGCGGGGUCAGGACUCGGGAGUGAUAUCUAUACUUGGGAUGUGA